CAAAGCAAAACGUUUGCGGCAGACAAAAGAUAAUAACUCAAAAGGCCGAAAGAUGAUAAAAAAACUGUUAUUUUUUUAAUUAAAAACAAAUAAGUGAAUAAAACUGAUUGAAGUGUAUUAAAAUAUCAAAAGACAAGAAAUUGUUAAGAAAGGUAGCCGUUUGCUUAAGUGAAACUAGUUUAUAAAGCGGCUCACACACAAACACUCACACACACACACACGUAAACUUCACUCAAAUUGAAACUGGACUCAACGCACGUCGCUUUCAACGCGAAGUCAACAAUUAAAAAAAAAACACAAAAAAGAAGCUUUGCCAAGAAGCUGGCAAACGAAAAAGUUAUGAAUCAUAGCACAGGUAACAACUGCAACGGUGCCUAAAAUAAAUCAGCUUCUUUGGUGCAUAUAAACGUUAUGUAAAACACAACAACAACAACAACAACAACAGUCAAAUUUAAAACAAAGAAAUUAAAAGAGAGCGCCAGAGGUGAUCUGAUGUCCGGCAGAGAAAUGCGCCCACUAUCGCUCUCCAUUGGAGCCUCGCUGCUGCCCAGCUUCUCGCUGGUGAGUGCCGCCAAUGGACGUGCAGCUGGCUCUGGCCAGGAUUGCCACGGCAAGCUCUGUCACGCGGUGAGCGAGUAUUGCUCCAUGUUCGUCGAGAGCUGCAUGCCGUGUGCCGACAUUUGUGAUGUUAGCUCGCAUAAUUACCAUGCGGACACCUGUGCCAAGGAGUGUUCAGCCUACAAAAGCUAUGAUCCUCUGGUAGCUGAUAUACAGAACCGUGUGCUGCCCAAGCUGGAUCAGAUUCGCAUUGUGUUGUUCAUCAUCCUUAUAUUAGUUUUCAUCAAUUAUAUGGUUAAGUUCCUGCGCUGGUUGGGCGUCAAGCGUUCGCUGCAGCGUUGCAUGAACCGGCUGCAGUCCAAGGCUCAGCCGAGCAAUGGGAAGGAGCUCAAUGGCAUGACCAUACAGAAUCCGAAUGCGUUCAACCGUGACAUUGAGCGGGCACCUUCGCAAAUCUACAGUGUAGCAGGCGCCGCCGAGGGCUCUGUAUUGACUAUGGCAACGCCGGUGAGCACGCGGUAUCCGGCUGAGAAUAGCACAACACCAACAACUGUGGUGACCGAAAUCGGCUAUGGACAUGGAUAUGAUAAUCAGGCGAUGGUCGUAACGCCCGUUACAGAGAAGGCCGUAACGGCCACUACGUCCACAACGGCGGGCUUUUAAGCACCGACAACAUUGCAUUACGAGAAACAGUGUGCAUCACAUUGAAACUAGUGAUAUUUUUUUAUUUCAUAAGCAUUAACAAAGUGACUUCUAAUGAUAUGGAAUUCCGCUGAAUGAAAAUACAUAGUAAUACAUACAUCUUUAUAUACACAUGAAAUCAUAUUAAAGAGUAAAUUCU